CCCGGCCAGGCCACCUCACAGAGGGCAGGCGGCGACGUAGCUUGGCUGCCCGCGGGCGGCCCGACGGCGCUCCCCGGCCACUCGACGACCCGCCCGGCCAGCUCUCCGCUGCUCUCAUGCAUCAUACAGUUCAUGAUGAAAGUCAUCCUCAAGAAACAAUUAAAGAUGAGUCUGCUGGAUAUUACCAAGAUUUUCUCCAUGCUCCAGCCGAAUGAAGAUGAAGAAGGGGAUGGAGAAAGACAGGAGCUGAACCUCACAGUGUCCCAGGAUAACUACCAACUUCUGGAUGAACUGUUGUGCCAAGAGAGAUAUAAAAGAUUUAUCAACAGUCGGAGUGGCUGGGGGGUGCCUGGGACACCGCUCCGCUUGGCAGCCUCCAAGGGCCACGUGAGAUGCCUCAAGGUUCUCCUAGCCCAUGGCGCUGAAGUGGACAGCUUGGACGUGAAGGCUCAGACACCACUGUUCACAGCGGUCAGCAACGGCCAUCUCGAUUGUGUGAGAGCCCUCUUGGAGGCAGGAGCUGACCCUUCUGGCAGCAUCCACAACAACUGCACUCCACUGCUCACUGCUGCAAGAGAUGGAGACGCCAUCAUCCUUCGGGAACUCUUAGAGCAUGGGGCCGACACCAACGUCAAAGGCAGAGUCCCGGACUGGGCAGCCAACUCGGCCUCCUGCUCUGGCCCUUUGUACCUGUCAGCGGUCUAUGGACAUCUGGAGUGCUUCAAGCUGCUUCUGCUCUACGGGGCCAAUCCAGACUACAACUGCACUGAUCGGAGAAUGCUCACUCGAAUGAGGAAGCCCUCCCCUCUGCUGGAAAUCUGCCUGAAGCAUGGCUGCAGGCCUGAAUUUGUCAAACUCCUGAUAGAUUUUGGAGCCAAUGUAUACUUACCAGAUAUCACACUUCAUAAGAUCUCUGCAAACUCUGAAGUGGCAGAUUUGCUGGCCAGGGAAAGAGUUCACCCCAAGUCUUUGAUGUCUCAGUGCAGGCUGGCUGUCAGGAAGGUCUUAAAACUGGUCAACACGCCGCAUGCUGUGGAUCAACUGGAUAUCCCACCUGUAUUGUUGAACUACCUCAAACACCAAUCGUAACGGAAGAUCACCACUGGAACUCCUAUGGUUACAAAGUAUUGUAACUGGAUGAGGAAAAGAAAAAAAAACAUUUACAAGAAUAACAAUAUGGGUGUGGUUUGGUGGCCUUUAGAGCAGCUUCAGAGUGUUUGUGUUGCUUAUGCUAGAAGACCAGUCUAGAAAGACGGGCUGUUUUUAGUGGAGAGGAUGACCAAGAGAAGUUGAGACGGAUCCUGUAGUCUCCCGUUUGGGGCAGGAAUCUCGGUGAUGCACGGGUAUGUUUGAAAUGUUCAAAGCUCGAGUGCAAGUUCAGGGUCCCUUAAUAAUUUAUAUGCAACAAAUCUAUCUUCCUCCAAGGAGUUCGUGGUGGUGUACCUGGUUCUGCUCUGCUCCUAACAACAAUCCUGUUAAGAAGGUUAGGCAGAGAGAGAAUGACUCCAAAAGUCAUCUUGUGAGCACUAUGGAUGAAUGGGGGUUUGAACCAUGGUCUUCCAGAUACUAGUCUGACCACUGCACCACACCACACAGUAUUGACCACACGGUAUUGACCUGACUACGCACUCUUGCUUUGCAAGGUACACCUGGGGCCAAACUGCACCGUGGGAAUGGCUGCAAGUCAGGUCAGGGUUCCACAUGGAAGCUGCAGGGAACUUACAUACCCAAGUGCCGCAGGACCUGAUUUGGACUGGGCUCACAGCACCAGGAGAGGAGGGGCUCCAGCCUCCUCCACUCUGAGUUGUUUUCCUAUCGUGGCUAAAUGUAUUGUGUAGUUUGUGGCCCUUAGUCCAGCGAGUUUGGCAGGAGUCUCCAGGAUCAAACAGGGAUCAAUUAGAUCUCCGAGAUUUCUCCUGUAUUGAUUUUAAACUAUGUCUUUUUUCCUUGUGCAGAUGCAGGUGCCAUCAUUGCAUUAUCAAGGAGGGGCACUGCAAGGGGAGCAGGGCUUUAAUUCCUCCCUCCCCUGCUGGUUUCUUGCUGGGAACCCCCCCCCCCCCCCAAACUACCUUGU